AAGUCCAUUAGUCAAGAUAAUAUAGCUAAAUGAAAGGCUAUAAUUGGCUCAAACAUGAUAACAUGGUCCCCUUAGACCCAUUGCAUAGUAUCAAAACAACAAACAAAAAACUAACUAUAACAUGAAGCAAAACAAGCAACAAGAGCAUCAUGUACAUGAACAUGGCAUCAACAACACUAAUCAAAACCUUCUUGAAAUCUACAAAACGGUAGCUCAAGCUUGGCAUAGUCAUUUCAAUCAUGCUAGAGAAGCUACGAGCGAAUUUGAUGUUCGAAGGAGGAAUUUUCGAGGGACACCUUCCAGGUUUAAACUCGAACUCGAAAAUAUGAUUAAGAUGAAAAAUGAAAAUGAAGCGCAAGAUGCAUUGUGGAAUUUUAAUCAGUCUCUAUGGGACCCAUAUGAGAUCGUGGCUGUAUCGAAAAGGUUGGAAUCGGGGUUAGUUUUGAAUUGUGAUUUUGUUGAUUUGAAGAAUAUAGAUGAGCAUAUGAUGGUUUAUAAGAGAAAAAAAGAGAGUAAGAAUAGUUUAAGAAGUUUGUUUAAUAUGAUGUCUAAUUCUAAGAGAUUAAAUGAUAAUGUUGGAAUUUCUAAUCAAACUAAUAAAUAGUUUGAUCUUGGAGGUUUAUUUUUGUUGUAUACUCCAAAUUUAAGUAAUUGGUAGUUAACUUUGUUAAUCAAGCAUAUCAAAUUAUUAAGUGAUUAGCAAUUUGUAGAUUGCAAUUGUGUACUUAUAAGAUCUCUAUUAAUUUUGAAUGCUAGUUUUAAUAUUUCUAUAAGGUAGGCAUGGGAGAAUCUAGACCCGAUAGAUAGUUUAAUAUUCAAACUUUGUCGCCUUUAAUUAAGAAUUUAACACAAAUUAUUGGAUGAGACGGUCAUAUUAUGAAAUAUGCUCCAUUUAACAAAAAUUUACCUAAUAUCUACGUAACAACUGGCUUCAUAACUAGCAAAUUACUCAAUACUUUCAACUAUUUAAACUAACUAACAACUAUUUACCAAACAGACUCUAUAUAUUGAAAUUGUUAGCCAAUGUAAUAUCUUUUUAUUAAUUUGCCACUAUGGCAUAAGUGUUUUUAUAAUCAACCAUAAAAUUUACUACCUAAAAAUU